UGUACGAUCACCAAUGAACCAUGCAUAUUUGACAAUAUGACAAGUUUUCAAACUCGACUUUUGUUUUCGAUCACUGGCUACAUUAUCGCCACUCCUAAAAGAGACUUCAUACAGAUCAAAAUGACACAUUUCUUCGCAAAAGUAAUAAUUUUUACCCUAUUUUUGGGGGCUUUGAGCAAUGCAGAAUUCCUGAGCGUCUCUGGAAAAGAUUUUUACUACGGCCAAUCCAAAGUCUUUCUCUCGGGCACCAAUAUCGCGUGGAACAGCUACGGCUAUGACUUUGGCAAUGACAAUUAUGCAAACUCAGGACCCAUUUUGGAACAGUGGAUUCGUGAAAUUGCUCUGGCUGGGGGAAAUAUUUUAAGAAUUUGGCUCCAUAUUGAAGGUGAUGAUACGCCGCUGUUUGAUUCGCAGGGAAAUGUCACUGGCACAGACCGACUGGGAAACUUGAUUCGAGACCUGGAAACAUUUCUGGACGUUUCAGCCCAGAAUAAUGUGUUUGUGAUUCCUGUGCUCUGGAAUGGAGCACUCAUGAGAAAUACGAAUUUUGUCAACUUGGUUUUAAGUGAUGAAAAAUUACAAACCUACAUUGAUAAUGCACUUCGGCCAAUGGUACGUCAAUUGGCGUCCAAACCUGCGCUGGCUGCAUGGGAAGUGAUGAAUGAACCAGAGGGCUCAGCCCUGAUCGAAAGCAACGCCAACAGAUGCUACGACACGACCAUCAUUGGUCGCUGGGGGGCAGGUUGGACUGGAGCCAAUAUCCCGAUGGAGAGAUUCCUCAGAUUCAUCAAUCGACAAAAUGCUGCCAUCCGGCAAGAAGAUCCAAAAGUUCUAAUCACAUUGGGUUCCUGGUCAGAACAUUCGCAAACUGAUGCAUUCAGCGAUAGUGUGAACCACUACACUGACUCGUGCCUUAUCGGAGCUGGAGGUGAACAAGAAGGCACGAUUGACUUUUACCAAAUGCACACAUAUAGUUGGGAAGGACGAUGGAGUGACACGUCUCCAUUCAAAAUUCCAGCUACAGCGUACCAGUUAACGAAACCGAUAGUUAUUGGGGAAUUUUCUUCAGUUUGUGGAGAGAAUGAAGGUGUUGACACGUUGUGGUACAACGCUUACAAUUCUGCCUACCAAGGGAUUUGGUCGUGGCAGUACAAUGCUGGUGGUCACUGCAGUGAUACGAAGGCUGACCAAAAUCGUGGAAUGACUCACAUUCGCAACUUUGCCCACAAUGGCCAAAUCCCAGUCAACAUUCAAUAAAAAUUAAUAUAUAUCCCGGCCAGGUAUAAUUCGUAUUAAUUAAUGAAUGCUUGAAGCCAUUGACUUAAAAUACUAAAAAAACAAUCUUCAGAGUAUUUCCAACUAUGCAAUUAGCUCAAAUAAAAAGUAGUGCAAAAUUCUAUAUUCAUUGAAAUAA